UGCAGGCAGUGAGGACUGAGCCGCCGAGCUCAGGCUCAUACACUCGGGCGCCGCCGCUUUUCUCACCCGUCGGGUGAGGGCUUCUUUCAGGGAAUGCGCCCGCAGCGUCGCAGGGCUCCGGGAAUGGCCGGUUUGCACUCAGGCGUGUGAAGCAGAUGGAGGCACCGGGGUCGGCAUGGGAGUGAUGAGCUGCCCCGGGCUCAGCGCCCUGCUGUUGCCCCUUUUGCACCUGGCACUGGGUUAUUUAACGGUCACCAUUGAGCCCCUUCCUCCGGUAGUGGUUGGAGAUGCAGUGACUCUGAAAUGCAACUUCAGGACCGACGGCAGGAUGCGAGAAAUUGUGUGGUACCGGGUAAGAAAACAGGUGACAGAUGGAGGAACCAUUAAACAGAAGAUCUUCACUUUCGAUGCCAUGUUCUCAACCAAUUACUCACAUAUGGAGAAUUAUCGCAAGAGAGAGGACCUCCUGUAUCAGUCAACCGUGCGGCUCCCCGAGGUGAGGAUUUCAGACAACGGACCCUACGAGUGUCACGUCGGGAUAUAUGACCGGGCCACGCGGGAGAAAGUGGUGCUAGCUUCAGACAACGUAUUCCUCAACGUCAUGUCUCCUCCCAUUUCCAUCGCCGUGAUCGCUGCGGACACCCCGGCGGCAUUCAGCCGGUACCAGGCGCAGAACUUCACUCUGGUGUGCAUUGUGUGCGGAGGAAAGCCAGCUCCACAGGUAUAUUUCAAGAGGGACGGGGAGCUGAUCGAGGUGGUGACCAUGAUGGAUCCACCGCCUGCAGCAGCCGGACUAUUGAAUAAUCGUGGAUCCAGGAACCUUCUGAACCGAGACAUGGAUGACACGAAAAUGCAAAAAUCACUUUUACUGUUAGACACUGAGGAAAGGGGAUCGAACUCUUUCACGGAAAACCCCUUCCGAUCCCGCACAUCUGACCAAGGACCUAUGUUAAGCCCCGUGACGGAGGCGAUUCCAGAGACGGUGGUCAGCCUGGAGUUCCCCCGCUGGGUCCACAGUACGGAUCCCACUUAUUUCUUCCACCAAAUGCAUCUUCCAAUGAGUGACGGGACCGUGGAGGUCCGAGCCAUGCUCACCUGGACCCUAAACCCGCAAGUGGACAACGAGGCGCUGUUUAGCUGUGAGGUGAAGCACCCGGCCCUCACCAUGCCCAUGCAGUCCGAAGUCACGCUAGCUGCUCCGAGAGGACCCAAAAUAUCCAUGACUCCGCUGAGAGCUCGGGUGGGGGACACAGUCCGGAUGACAGUGCAAGGCUUUCAGAACGAGGUUUUUCCGGAGCCCCUCUUUACAUGGAUGAGGGUUGGAGGGCGACUUCUGGACGGCAGCUCGGAGCAUGAUGGCAAAGAACUGGUCCUGGAGAGGGUUCCGGCAGAGCUGAACGGCACUAUGUACCGCUGCACAGCUCAGAACCCGCUGGGCUCUACAGACACACAUACACGGUUAAUAGUAUUUGAAAAUCCCAAUAUUCCGAGGGGAACAGAGGAUUCAAACGGUUCUGUCUCCAUGUACAGCCACCCAAGACUAAUUUUGGUGCUCAUACUUUUGACAGUGAUUUUGGAACUCACGUGAGAAUAGGGCGCUCGUCUAACCCGUCCCCCCCCCCCCCCAAUAAGGACUCCACAAAGCAUCCAUCACUCCCACGUCAGUUUUAUUUUCUAUACUAGCUCCCGUCUUGUUGGUUUCUGUCUGUGUUUUAGCUUCCUUGAGCUGAUAAAUUAAAAAACGGAAAAAAAAAAAAAAAGAAGAAAAAAAAACAAAAAACCACACAAAAUCUUUCCUUCUCGAUGUUGAACUGCAGUUCUGUGCGGUGACGGUCUGACCGUCCGGACGUGUGACUUCAUAGAGAAGCGCGGUACACUUCUAUUGGAUUCGGAGAACUGGGAAAUUUGGCUGAAGUUUGGUUUUAGCUCAACCUCGGAAACAAAGAUGGCGGCCACGGGAUAUAAUAAAGGACAUCUGCCUAACGAUGGACACAAAGC